AUGGUGUUCAAUUUCUCCCCCUAUGGAAAAUCCCAUAAGGUCCAUGGUGUCAAAGACGAUUGGUACCCCGAAAGAGCCUACAGUACCCUACAAAAGUGUAAGGAUCAACAUCCAUUGCCCGAAGCCGUUCUGGAAGAUAUAGAUAAUGGCCGCAUGGAAGAUAGUCCAACGUUAAGACAACUUAUUUUAUGUGCCUCGAAAGCAUUUAAUGUUUAUACCACCGAACAUGGUUAUAAUGCGGAUCGAUUGGCUCAUGCACUCUAUCGAAUCGGAAUGAAUCGUACAUGUCGUCGUCAGGUGGCUAACGAAUGUGUUACGAAAUAUAAGGAUGUUAAACCGGAAGAUGAAAUGGCCUUCAACAUUAUUAAAUGUAUCAUAGAUAAGGAAGUUAGCCCUGAAGUGGUUGAGAGGGAUGGUCCACCAUCGGAAUGGAAAGGUUGUGAUAUAAGAGCGUGA